AUGCAUGGCGACUUCUCUACCCCAAACCGUGAACUCAGUACUGCUCCACCUCCUACCGUCCCUCGUUCCACCUCCGCAUUGCCACCCCGUGAUGCCUCAACUCAUCGAUCAGUCCCUACAACAAACGUGUCGUCGGGUAUUUCUCAGACCCCUCCACCGCUACUUACAUCUCAACCCAUGACACCAAUAUUGUACGGCGUAUCUGGAUCUUGUUCGGCUAUCAGCAGCUCUUCAUCUCGGCGCAAUUCCUUGGCUGGGUCACUGUUCGAAUACCAGGAAAGCUUCGUCAUGAGCGCAUUUGGGGCCUCAGAGCAUGGCCAACCUCAGAGUGCCUACAGCGGCGAAGCUGCCCAGCAGUUUAUUAUGCCUACCAUUAACGUUCCCAGCCGGAGACCCUUCACAGAAACCGGGAAAAGCCUUGGUAGGCUCAAAAUCCUCUUGGCUGGCAGGUCAGGCCUAGGGAAAACCACCUUGAUCCGAGCGAUAACACAAUCUUGCUCACACAUCGUCCACGUCGAUCCUACCAUGCCGGUUGCGAUGGCGUCCGCAGGCUUGCUACCGGCAAAUACGCUACCCAAUGAUCCUCCUAUUGUCCAGGGCACUUUCCAGAUAACUGAGACCUUUGCCAGCACCAAGCCGUACCCACCUUGGUGGAAGGAAUCGGUGCAAACAAGUUGUGUAUCUGGCACUGGCAGUGUCGAUGACACGAUACUAGACAGAAACAUAUGCCUGGUGGAUACACCUGGCUACCAGGAAACAUGCCGACCCGUGGAUACCGUCGGUCAGGUUUCACAAUACAUUGAAUCUCAUCUUCAGAAGAACCGCCUUGACGGUCUGGAGGAUCCAGAUGUCUUGAAAAUAAUUGGCGGAAGUGGCGGCUUGCUUGUCGAUGCCGUGCUCUACACAAUACCCAGUUCAGGCCUAACGCCAACGGACUUUCAAUAUAUUCGUCAACUGGAUUCUCUUACGAAUGUGAUACCACUUCUCGCUCAUGCUGAUACCUUGACACCUGAGCAAAUCAAAUCAAGCAAAGGGCAGAUCACUCAACAACUAGCUGAAGCAGGUCUCAGGUUGUUCACUUUUGCUCCCACGACACCCAACACGCAAGCACCAGAUAUAUACGCCAUAUCGAGCGAGUUAGGGUCAGACCACGACGUUAUGGAUGCGAGUCUGCUCAUGAGCUCUGAAUACCUGCAACCUCUUGUGCCGACCGACCUUCCACGUUUGUUGGAACGUAUAUUCAGCGUAGACGGGGCAACAUGGCUCCGUCACGCCGCUGCAACGAAACUCUUGGGCUGGCGCCUUCGCCGUCCCAAGACCAGCAACAGUUCUGCAGGCCUUUCUCUGCAGACGGAUGGAUGUACGGAGAGGCGAUUGCUUCGCACCCGGACAGGGUCUUUGACACCGCUCGCCAUGAGCUGCGUGCCAAACCAUGCUCGUUACGAGGAGAGGUUCUACCGAGUACAGCUCAGGGACUGGGCAGCCGAUCUGCAACGCAGCUUAGCCAAUGAGAGGGCGAUUCGGGAGAGGACAGCGCGGGAACAAGCAGAUAUGUGGGUGAGGGAAUCAUGUCGGGAUAGGCAUUCCGCCCCGGGCGUUAAUGGCGGUACUGCUAUGGCAUUGAUGCGGACCCGGGGACGGAGAGACCUUGGACGCUCUCUUGGUAGUAGGAGGCACAGCACAGGCUCGGAUCAAAACUGGGCGCUAGUGAGACGUCAGGACCCCCUAGGCUUGCUGCAGCUCAAGGCCGAUUUCAAAUGGCAGAGCUGGAAUACCUUGGAGAUGGUUGGCGGCCUUGGGCUUAUUGGGGGCUUAGCGUGGCUUUUCGUCUGA